AUGGCUACUCUUCUUGACCAAGUUGGCGGUGAAGAUGCCGUCGGUGCUGUUGUUGAAAUCUUUUACGAUAACCUUGUCAAGGAUGAGCGUGUGAACAGCUUCUUUGUCAACACCAACAUGGCUCGUCAACGUCGUAUGCAAAAAAUGUUCUUGUUGCACGUACUUGGUGGUCGUGAAUACAAUGGCUCUUCUAUGGUCAAGGCUCAUGCCAAGCUAAACCUUAAGGAUGAGCACUUUGACGCCGUAAUUGAAGUGCUUACUGAUGCUCUCAAAACUGCCGGUGUUGCCGACCCUCUGGUCAAGUCUAUCAUUGAUGCUGCCGAAACUACUCGUGAUGCAGUUCUUGGUCGUGUCAAGGAGGACGCUUAAUCCCAGCCUGGCUUUACCCAUUCCUUCAUGACUACAUCUUUUUGACCCAUUCAACCAAGUUAAUAAAAUAUCAUCUUG